UAGUGUACAGUUUAACAACCACGGCUGCCUCUUCGUCAACUGAUAAGACUACCCUCAAAUACGCAAUGGAGAUGUGUGGGCUGCUUUACGCCACUCAAUCUCUCUAUCAUUCCUUAGCUACUGGUUCUACUUCAGCCACACUCGCUUCAAUUUUCUGUCUCAACCAUAAGAUUCAUCUCUGUUUUAAGACAAUCACCUCUUUACAGUUGAUAAAUGCUUCAAAAUAACUGCUUUUCUUUUUCUCUUCUACUAAUUCUAAACUACCCAUUUUCUUAUUGAUUCCACUUUCAAGAUUUCUCAUCUGGGUUCUUCUUAUAUGGUCGUUUUGAAACUUUCUGAAGUGGUUUUUAAAAACAAGUUGUAAUUCUACUAAGUUCAUUUUUUGGGUAUUGCUUAAAAUGAUGUCAAUGACUUGCCAAAAUGUUGAUUUUGGUCGUAUGAGAUUCGACCUGAUUGCUUGUAGUUGUUCUUCUAAUGCUUCAUCUGAGCGUUUGUUUGCGAAGAGUAAUGUAAAGAGUGGUAGGAGGAACUUAAGGAAAGGUUAUGGAGGAAGAAAGUUGUUUUGCUUUCGUUCUGGUAGUUCUAAGCGUCGGGUUUACUCUACUAAAUCCCCUGAAAGCUUUCUUAAUGGGAUGAGUCAAGGUGCAAUUCCUGUUUUAGAUGUAAAGGAGAAGUUGAGCAACCCCAUUUCUUUGACAAGUCUUUUUGAAGUGGUUGCUGAUGAUCUCCUGACUUUGAACAAGAAUCUCAAAACUAUUGUUGGUGCAGAAAACCCACUUCUUAUGUCAGCUGCAGAGCAGAUUUUUGGUGCUGGGGGGAAGAGGAUGAGACCAGCCUUAGUUUUUCUUGUCUCCAGAGCUACAGCAAGACAAGCUGGAUUAAAGGAGCUUACGACAGAGCAUCGGCGUUUGGCAGAGAUUAUUGAAAUGAUUCAUACUGCAAGUCUGAUACAUGACGAUGUGAUAGACGAGAGUAAUUUGAGGAGAGGCAAGGACACUGUUCAUCAACUCUAUGGCACUAGGGUGGCCGUACUAGCUGGGGACUUCAUGUUUGCACAGUCAUCAUGGUACCUUGCAAAUCUUGAAAACUUGGAAGUAAUAAAGCUUAUCAGUCAGGUUAUUAAAGAUUUCGCCAGUGGGGAAAUUAAGCAAGCAUCUAGUCUGUUUGACUGUGAUAUACAACUAGAGGACUACUUGAUCAAGAGCUACUAUAAAACAGCGUCAUUGCUUGCUGCCAGUACAAAGGGAGCAGCCAUAUUCAGUGAGGUGGACCGCAGUAUAUGUGAAGAUAUGUAUGAAUACGGCAGGAAUCUUGGUCUAUCCUUCCAGAUUGUCGACGACAUAUUGGAUUUUACGCAGUCAGCUCAGCAACUAGGAAAGCCAGCUGGUGCAGAUUUAGCUAAAGGAAAUUUGACUGCUCCAGUAAUUUUUGCUCUGGAAAAAGAGCCAAUAUUGAGAGAAAUUAUUGAAUCUGAAUUCUCUGAGACUGGCUCACUAGAUGAAGCCAUUAAACUUGUUAAAAGUUGUGGUGGUAUUGAAAGGGCUCAAGAAUUGGCACAAGAGAAAGCUAAUCAUGCUCUGACCAGCCUGCAAUGCCUUCCUGAUAGUGCAUUUCGCGUAGCUCUUGAGAGAAUGGUGUUAUUUAACCUUGAAAGGAUUGAUUAAUGCAAGGAGAUGAAUACUUGAUCUCUAUGUUAGCAUUACCACCAAGGGGUAAGUUCAACGCUUGGUGGCUGUAUAUUCGUAUAGAAAGCAAUUUGAGCUCAGCUCUUAGGGUAGUUUUACAUUUAUAUGGCUAUGUGAUUCAAAGAUUUUGAUGGAAGAUACAACAUUAAAAUGAUUAUUGUACACUGGUCCCCUGGUAGGAACCAUACUAUAUCUGUUGGCUGCAAUGCAAUAAUUUUUUGAUCAUGUGUA